ACAUCUCACAACUCCCAAAUAUCAUCUCACAAAAUUCCAUGCUUUCACACUAUAUCCCAACUAGUGAGGUUUUAAGGGCCACACAAAUUUCAACUUUUCAUGGGUAGGAAGAAAGGUAAGGCUGAAGAAUUGCCAUAGUCAUGAGUCCUUCAACUACUAUUCCUUCCACAAAUGUUUUUGAGAUUGGAAAUUACACCACUACAUUAAUAAAAGCUGAGCCAAACGUAUGCAAUAGAAAUAAGAAUAGAAAUAAUAGCCCUCCAAAACCAGUGUUGAUAUGCAGCCCCAUAGAAGAAGGUGUUUUCCCAGUGUUAUUGUUCCUUCAUGGCUAUCUUCUCUACAACUCUUUCUACUCUCUCCUUCUCCAACACAUAGCAUCCCAUGGUUUCAUCGUCGUUGCACCGCAGUUGUACUUGAUAGCAGGAUCAGAUGCAAAUGGAGAAAUUAAGACAACUGCAGAAAUAACCAAUUGGUUGGCCCUAGGAUUAGGGCAAGUUCUACCACCAGAAGUGAAGGCAGAUUUGGGUAAAUUAGGACUAGCUGGACAUAGUCGAGGAGGAAAAGUUGCAUUCGCAUUUGCUCUAACAAAAUCAACUUCCCUAAAGUUCUCAGCCCUAAUUGGCAUUGACCCGGUCGAUGGAAGCGACGUUGGGAAGCAAACUCCCCCACCCGUCCUCACCUACGUCCCGCAUUCCUUUGAUCUGGAUGGCACUGCGGUGCUAGUGGUGGGGGCGGGACUGGGGGAGGUGCCGCGGAAUCCGCUUUUUCCGCCGUGUGCUCCAAAAGGAGUGAAUCACAAAUACUUCUACAGUGAGUGUUGCAAGCCAGCUUACUACUGCGUGGCCAAGGACUACGGCCACCUUGACAUGCUCGACGAUGAUACUAAAGGGAUACGGGGCAGGCCGACAUAUUGUGUGUGCAAGAAUGGGGAGUCUAGGGGCCCAAUGAGGAUAUUUGUUGGGGGCAUUUUGGUGGCAUUUUUGAAAGCAUAUUUGGAAGAUGAUGAGAGCGAACUUGUUGCAAUAAGAGAAGGGUAUGAUGAAAAGGUUCCUAUUCAGCUUUCAACAUUCGAAUUUCAAGUCUAGCUCAGUUUAAGAGUUAGCAUAUGUACUAGUAAUAAAGAGACAAUUCAAAAUGUGAAAUGUAGUUUGCAGGAAUUUAUGUUGCCUUUUAACCACUUUCUGGUUAA